UUCCGAUCUGAAUUCCUACUGCUCUCUUUCUCUCUCAGUGAGAUCAGUGAAAAAUAUCUCCAACCGUCCGGACUGACUCUCUCUCUCUCUCUUCACCUUUACACAUUAUGUCUGCGCUGACGCCUCGCAUUUCGCUACACUCCAGCUCGGCGUUGGUCUAAUCUCGGAAAUAUGGAUUGACUUUGAUUUUUCUCGGUCGCCUGUUGAAGUUUCAAAGCGCAUUUCUGCGACUGGUCGUGUGUCUCUGCUCAACGAGCUUCAUGUUUCCUUCGGCAACUUUCGGAAGUAACUCGUUCCGGAUGUGUUCACACUGUUGAACUGCUCCGUGCGCACGAUCAGAGGGAUUUUAAAUAAGGAUUGAUUCCGUGGCUUUUCACACUUCUUUUAUUCGUGUUUAAAGUGAUGGCGGAGCGGGGAGCCCGGCUGCUCCUCUCUCUUUUCUGCCUCACGAUCACAGUUUCACAUGCUGAAAAAGGAUCAGCAGUGAGGAACUUCAGCCCAUUCUGGUUCUCCACGGAGCCGUCGGAUACACUAGCGGUGCGAGGAGCGCCAGUUCUCCUCAACUGCUCAGUCCACAGCGAGUCUCCUGCCAAGAUCGAGUGGAAAAAAGAUGGCUCUUUCCUCAGCCUGGCUUCAGACGAGCGCAGACAGGUCCUGGCCGAUGGCUCUCUGCUCAUCAGCUCAGUGGUGCACUCCAAACACAAUAAACCCGAUGAGGGGGUUUACCAGUGCGUGGCUACUAUAGACAACCUGGGCACCAUCAUUAGCCGUACAGCUAGACUCAACGUAGCAGGUAUAGCGCGGUUCCUCAGUCAGCCUGAGAUGGCGUCGGUGCGGGUGGGCGACAGUCAAGUGUUGAGCUGUGAAGUCAACCCAGACCUGGUGUCCUUCAUCCGCUGGGAACAGAAUAAAGAGGCGGUGGAGCUGGACCACAGAGUCUUCAGUCUGCCCAGUGGAGCUCUGGUUAUCAGUAACGCCACAGAGACAGACGCGGGUCUGUACCGCUGUGUCAUCGACAACGCUGGACCCACCAAGACCAGUGAAGAAGCACAGUUGCACAUACUGACAGAAACGGGUGAGGAAAGGACGCUGGAGUUUCUCCAGGAGCCUCAACAUGUGUCUAAACUGGUCGGCGAAAGUGUCCUGCUCCCCUGUGUGGUGACGGGAUAUCCCACUCCUGAAAUCACAUGGAUGUACAAAGACCAGCUCAUUGAGGACAGCAGUGGCCGCUUUGAGAUACUCGGCGGGGGGAGUCUGCGGAUCUUCAAUCUCACAGAGGAGGAUGCCGGGGUGUACAACUGUCUCGCAGAAAACACCAAUGGGUCCAUUGAGGCCCAGGCUGAGCUCACGCUGAAGGAUUCUCCACAGUUCCUGAAGAAACCUGUGAAUGUGUUUGCUCAUGAAGCCACAGACGUCAUCUUCGAGUGCGAGGUCUCAGGAUCACCUUCUCCCACCAUCAAAUGGGUGAAAAAUGGAGACGCCGUCAUCCCAAGCGAUUAUUUCAAAAUCAUUAAGGAGCAGAACCUGCAGGUGUUGGGACUGGUCAAGUCAGAUGAAGGUUUUUAUCAGUGUUUAGCUGAGAAUGACGCUGGCAACGUGCAGUCAAGUGCUCAGCUCGUCAUAUUGGAUCAAGAUGUAACCCUCCCCUUACCCCGUCCCACCUCACUGACCCGUGCUACUACUGACCGUCUAAUGCCAGGCUCCAGAGGCGGCGCUGGCCCCACGCCCUCCGCCCCCCGUGAUGUGGUAGCGUCCCUGGUGUCCACCCGCUUCCUCAAGCUGACCUGGCGCCUUCCUGCUGAACCACACGGAGACGAUGUCACCUACUCAGUCUACUACAGCCUGGAGGGCACUAACAGGGAGAGGAUCGUAAACACCAGUCGUCCAGGAGAAAUGCAAGUCACCAUUCAGAACCUCAUGCCAGACACCAAGUAUGCCUUCCGUGUGGUGGCGCACAACAAAAACGGCCCUGGAGAGAGUUCAGUGCCUCUAAAGGUCGAAACUCAGCCCGAAGUCCAGGUACCUGGUCCGGCUCCAAACCUGCAUGCAGUGGUCAUGUCCCCCAGCACUGUCAGUCUCAGCUGGGAUGUGCCUCUUAUAGGCAAUGGUGAGAUCCAGAACUACAAGAUCUACUACAUGGAGAAGGGCAUGGACAGUGAACAGGAUCUGGAUGUAAACACAUUGUCCUACACCAUGACUGGCCUGAAGAAGUUCACGGAGUACAGUUUCAGACUGGUGGCCUAUAACAAACAUGGACCGGGAGUCUCCACUGAGGACAUAUCAGUGCGCACAUACUCUGAUGUCCCCAGCUCUCCUCCGCAGAACAUGACGGUGGAAGUGCUGAACUCCAAGAGCCUCAUGAUCAGAUGGCAGCCUCCACCAGCCGAUGCCCAGAACGGAGAGAUCACAGGCUACAAGAUCCGCUACAGGAAGGGUACGAGGAAGAGCGAGGUGGCGGAGAUCACUUCAGGAUCACAGCUUUAUCAGCUCAUAGAUGGUUUGCAGCGAGGCACUGAAUAUAUGUUGCGAGUAUCUGCAAUGACGGUCAACGGCACAGGUCCUGCCACAGACUGGACCACUGCAGAGACAUUCGAAAGCGAUCUGGACGAGUCAAGAGUGCCGGACGUCCCGAGCUCUCUGCAUGUUCGUUCUCUGGUCAACAGUAUUGUGGUGAGCUGGACGCCUCCAGAGAACCAGGACAUCGUGGUGAGGGGUUACAGUAUCAGCUAUGGGAUUGGCAGUCCUCACGCACAGACCAUCAAAGUGGACUACAAGCAGAGAUACUACACCAUUGAGAACCUGAAUCCCAACUCGCACUACGUGAUCACGCUGAAGGCCUUCAACAACGUGGGUGAGGGAAUCCCUGUGUACGAGAGCGCCAUCACACGACCACAGUCAGACCCCAUAGACCCUGACGUUGAUUUGUACGAACUUUUCCAUGCUCCAUACACUCCAGUACCAGACCCUAUACCCAUGCUGCCUCCUGUGGGCGUUCAGGCAUCUGUCCUGAACCAAGACACCAUCAAAGUCACCUGGGCGGACAACUCGCUGCCUAAGAACCAGAAGAUCACAGAUGCGCGCUACUAUACAGUGCGCUGGAAGACCAACAUACCCGCAAACACAAAGUUUAAGGUGGCUAAUACCACGACGCUAUUUCACACGGUGACGGGUCUUAAACCCAAUACCUUGUAUGAGUUUUCGGUUAUGGUGACCAAGGGACGGAGGACCAGUACCUGGAGCAUGACUGCACACGGAACAACUUUUGAGUCAAUCCCAAGUUCUCCACCAAAAGAUGUGACUGUAGUGAGCAAAGAGGGACGACCAAAAACCAUCAUCGUCAACUGGCAGCCGCCAUCAGAAGCCAAUGGCAAAAUUACAGGUUACAUCAUUUAUUACAGCACUGAUGUGAAGGCAGAGGUUCAUGACUGGGUCAUUGAGCCAGUCGUGGGAAACAGGCUAACCCAUCAAAUUCAGGAGCUGACCCUUGAUACCACCUACUACUUUAAGAUCCAGGCUCGGAACUCCAAGGGCAUGGGUCCCAUGUCGGAAGCGGUCCAGUUCCGCACUCCUAAAGCUGAAUCCUCUGACAAAAUGGCUAAUGACCAAGCUCCAGGCAUAUCUGUGAAACAAGGAAGACCUUCUGCACCAGAUAACGGCUUUGGAUCACCUGGGAAACCAGACAUGUCUGGCACUGGUGAUAACCACAUCCUGGUUAUUGUCAUCAUUGUGUCCGUGGGUGCUUUUACCAUCAUCGUGGUGGUGGUGGGCGCCUUCCUUUGUACACGUCGUACCACAACACAACAGAAAAAGAAAAGGGCCGCCUGCAAGUCCGCCAAUGGAUCCCACAAGUAUAAGGGCAACUCCAAAGAUCUCAAACCACCAGACCUCUGGAUCCACCAUGAACGUUUGGAGCUAAAGCCCAUAGACAAAUCACCCGAACCCAAUCCAGUCAUGACCGACACACCAAUCCCCAGGACCUCCCAAGACAUCACGCCGGUGGACGGCUCCAUGGAUCCUAUGCUCCAGAGACGCAACUCUUACCGUGGCCAUGAAUCAGAGGACAGCAUGUCUACACUGGCAGGCCGUCGGGGGAUGAGACCUAAAAUGAUGAUGCCCUUUGAUGCACAACCCCCUCAGCCUGUGAUUAGUGCUCACCCCAUCCAUUCCCUCGAUAACCAUCACCAUCAUUAUCACUUGGGCAGCCUGGCCUCGCCGACACGCAGCUAUCUCCACCACCAGAGCAGCACGCGCUCCAUCGCCACCCCCAUCUCUCAUCUAGACAGGGCAGAGUCCACAGAGUCAGUAAGGAACACCCCUAAUGCGGAGCUGCUCCCUCCAUCUGGGCAGCCAUCUUGCACCACUGACCUUUCAGAGACGGACAUUAGCUUUCACAGCUCAGCCGCUGAGGAGGAGCCAGCGUUCGCUACACCCACAGCACACGUUCGACCUACACACCCACUUAAGAGUUUUGCAGUGCCUGCCAUCCCGGCCCAUGCAAUGUAUGACUCGGCAGCUUUGCCCAGCACUCCACUGCUGUCUCAGACAGGGCCUCACUCAGUUAAAACAGCCUCUAUUGGUACACUGGGAAGGACGAGAACUCCUAUGCCUGUCAUAGUUCCAAAUGCGCCGGAUGUCUCAGAAGGCUGCAGACUUCAUGAAGAUGCAGGAAGUUACCAUUGACCCCCCCCCCCCCCCUCCCAAAACCCCAGCUCACCCACCUCACCCCACCCCCGCAGUAACCUUCUUCAUCUCCCUCAGAAUUACGAGACGGACGAGUUAUCGGAGGAAAUGGCCCAUCUCGAGGGCUUAAUGAAGGACCUAAACGCCAUCACAACAGCCUGAGCACAAAUCCUCACAAAAACACGAGACCUCUCCUGCCACAGGGAGGACGUUCAGCAGCUGAGGAGUUCUCAAUCAUUCGCUUAAUGAAUAGAGAGUGAGAUCAGAAAAAAAAAAAACAUUAAAGUUCGGCUUACUCUCAGGAAGGAGAAACUCAAUAAACAGUGGACAUUCUGAGAAAAGGACAUGUGAUGGUUGCGGUUUUUCUCUCAGCAUCCUAAAAAUAAACGUUUCCUUUCAUUUCAACGGAAAAGACACCGUUUUGUUAUCCUACGAACGAAAAAAGGAGAAUCUACAAUAUGCUGGUGUACGUGUUGGUGCUCGUAAGGCACAAUUUACAGUGUUUCAUUUGUGUCUUUCCUUUGUAUGUUUUUGUAUCUAUAUAUCGCCCCCCGUUCCAGUGAGGUGAACGUCGGACUUCGUCCUUUUUAUUUCUGAGACUCAUUUUGUAUUAAGCAUUUUUCGAUUGACGUCUCUCUCUUUUUUUGUAUGUUAUAUAAUGUGCCAUGUCUUAUUUUUUUUCCCCUUAAACAUGUUUCGUAUUGUUUUAUAUGCAUAUACACUUAUCGGUUUGUAUAUAUGUUUAAAACAGACUCGUCGUCUCCACAGCCAUGUUUUGUGACCGUUUCCGUUAAGUCCGAGACGAGCUGCUUUUUAUUUUGGGGAUUGGAUUGACGUUCCCUUUCUACAACAUGUUUUAAAUGGGAGUUCCCUUCAGAUAUGCCUUAUUAAAAUCAGUACAACUGGGAAAUGUUUAUCACAUGACACUGUGAUAUUUAUUCCAUAAAAGCUGAACUGUACGAAAACGUCGACCUCAAUUAUGUAUGCUGUCAAGACUCGGUGCUGAAACUCAAAACUUCAGGUUCUACACGUACAAAUUUGGUAUAUUGGAAAGUGCUUUAUAUGGUCUGCUUCUUUGAAUUCUUGUAUCGGGGCUUCACAAACUCAACGAACGACAUUCACUGUGAAGACCUUAUUCUUGGCGUUCAACUUUUAUACGCAACUCCCAGAACUCAUCGUUCAUUUCCCAUUAUAUUUCUUGUAUGUUUCAUAUGAAGUACUUGUAUAGAAUCUCAAUGUGUGAUGCAAAAAAAAAAGAAAAGAACAAAAAAAAAGGUUGCUCCCCUGCUGGAUAUGGUUUUGAUCUGUACUUUUACCCAAAGAAAAAUCUGUAACAGCAAUCAUUCUCUCAAACGUUUUCUUGAAUGUCAUUCUGGCUGUAAGAAAUUCUGAAUACUUGGUACAAACGAUGACUUAUUUGGGAUAACCUAUCAAGUGUAGACAGUCAAACCUUUAUUGCACUUUUUCAACAAUUUCAAGAAAAGAGGAAAAAGAAACAAACAUUUUUACAUAUCUUGUGUUUUGAAUAUAAAGCUCUAUUUGUUUAAUGUAGUGUCAUAGUUUAGUGUAGGCAGCUGGUCUUAUUUCUUUUGCCACUGAAAUGAUAUUCGAGCGGCAGGUUUUACUGUGUUGCAUAUGCAGAAUUCUGUUGUUGCUUAUUUCUGUACAAAGAUCUUCUUGCUGUCUCUAGAAUUACUCCGUGGCUUUUUAAAAAAAAUAUUCUGAAAA